UGUUCACCUCCAUUGGGGAUCGAGUGCUUCGUACUACCGCCAACCCGCUCUUCUCCGCUGUUCCCCGUUUCCGUCGCAGAGCUUCUCCCCCUCCUCCACUCCUCCUACAAUUUGCGACCAUCAACCUCACGGGCAAUUCAACGUCGCGAAACCCGAGUCGGCAUUUCCCCAAGGCCUGACAACGACCACUUACUCUCGGCUUUCGCUUUGCCGGCAUCUGAACCCCCCCGACGUCGCCGCCGCGCCGUCUUCGGACGACAACUUGUGCGACCACGCGACGACCGGCCAACCCACCCAACCGAAUUGGCGGCAAGAUGAAGUACCUAUCGCUUCCGGCGUUCGACGUCGUGACGAGCGCGCUCAAUUUCGACACGCCGGAUUGCCACGUAACGGGCAGUUGUGACCUCUAUACAACCAAGGCUGCGGGCUCCGACAAGAAGCUGUACAAGAAUAUCCAACAGUCGCUCGAGUCGCAACAUGCCGCGCUGCUCAAACUCGGCGCAUCUCUCUCGCCGCCGCAGCGCGACUCCAUGGCGGCCAGCCUCAACCUGAGCCGCUCGUCGCCGUUCGGCUCGCUGGAAGAGGUCUCCAACCGGCGCACCUUCGCCUACCUGAUCGCGACGCUCAACGCGUCGCACCCGGACUACGACUUCUCGCACGUCCUGCGGCCGGCCGACUUCAAGCGCGAGCGCGUGCUGCGCCGCGUCAUGACGCAGAUCGACAGCACGCUCAGCAGUGUGCGCCCCAGCUCGACCCUGCUCGACGCCGCCGUGCCGCGCAGCUCGCCCGCCAAAGCCAGCGAGUUCAGCACCGGCGUGUCGACUGCCCCCGCCUGGGGGCCGCAGAUGUGGGCCAUGAUCGACAAGGAGAUGAUGCUCAAGGACUGCACCGUCUUCUCCUACCAGCCGGCCGACGACCCCUUCGACGAGGAGGAGGGCGCCAUCUGGGCGCUGCACUACUUCUUCUUCAACAAGGCCCUCAAGCGCGUCUGCUACCUCUACGUGCGCGGCGUGCCCGUCAUGAGCCACAGCCCGCGCUUGCUGCCCCACGCCGCCCUGUCGCGCCGCGCCCGCGCCGCCGGCCUGCCGGGCAUCUCCGCCGCCGCCGCCGCCGACGACGACGACGCCGACUACCUGGGCGCCGGCAAGCGCGCGCGCUACUGGCUGGGCGACAGGUUUGCCGACCGCGUCACCGCCAGCGACGACGACGACAUGGACGACGGGCUAAUAUGGAACCGCGACGCCGACGGCGACGUGAACUGCCAGUAUGGCGACUAUGACGAUGACGAUUUGGAGGCUGAGGAGAUGACGGAUGCGGACGAGGAAGAAGGGGAGGAGGAGGAGGAGGAAGAAGAGGAAGAGCAAGGGCCCAGGCCGGACGGCAAGCACUGCCGGAGGAGCUCCAGCCCUGUCCGGGGCGUCAGCGAGGAUAUUGCCUCCAGGAUGGAGAUUGACGUCUGAUAUCCCCCUGGUCCUCGCGCUGGACGCCCCAUGUUCCCGCCCCUCUUGAUUUACCUCCCGGUUUUCUCUUUUUUGCUUAUUGAGCGGGGAGCGGCUUCAGGAAGGCCAAACAGCCCGCUUUGUUUUCACGCGCAUGAUGUCACACCAAACUGCCGUUGCGUUUCUGUUUUCUCUCUUUUCUUGUGUUUCUUUUUCUUGUUUCCACUUGGUUUCUUGCAAGCUUGUUGAUA